AUGAUUAUUUUGACUUUGAGACCUCAGAUACAUGUACUACGUCCAAUCAUCCUAGUCUAUCUGAUCGCAGUUGCUUAUUAUUUCAAACAACCGUUUUUGAAAGCAACAUCAAUAAAAGCUAAGGAAUUAGGGUUUUUUUCUUUACUUCACAUCAUAAGCUAUGACCUGCGCUAUCAAUACGAAAUCGAAAAGGGUCUUCCAAUUUGCAAGCAAUUCAGGGUACCUAUAAACACGGAAGGGUUACUCUGGAAUAGAUUUAGAAAUACUGGCAUCUACGUCUGUGUGGUAAUGACAAUUCACUGCAAUAGCCUAUAUGUCUUGAACAGUAAUAUUGUUGACAAGGACCUUCUAAUUUGGGGAUAG